AUGUCGGGUCCUGGUUUCCAAACUACUGCUCUGCCUCCACCUCCUCCACCCCCACCACCGCCACCCCCUACAUUUGCGCAACAGAUGCAGGCUCCAGCUUCUAAUCUCUUAGAAACCUUAAUGAGCAGGGCAGGUCUACCUUGUAAUACACUAAGCGAUUUAAAUCUAAAUAAUAAACCAAAUGACAAACCUGAUUCUGUUCGUGAGAGCUCUCCCAUGAAACAAAUCAACAAAUUGUUAAGCUCAGCUGCAAGUUCUCUUUUAAACCAACUUGCAGGUAGCCAAAGAACGGAUGUAGACACUUCCUCUUCUGAUCCGUUGCCACCUCCUCCUCCACCACCGUUACCAUUCCAACAACAUAAUGAGCUGCCGCCAACCACUUCUACUCUGUCACAUUCAUUCGUACCUCCUCCACUCCCAGCAGUAAUUAAUCCGUUUUCUAACAACGAAAUCGGUGACAAAGUGUUGCCUAAUGGUGCAUAUGGAGAAACUAAAACGGAAAGUAAGAAAUCUUUUGGAGACAUGAAGAUUGAGGAAGUACUAGCAAAGCGGAAAAGAUACGACUUCUCUUCACGUCGUGAGUGGCAAGAACGUAUCGCCUUGGAAGUAAAAUCAGUUUUAAAACCUGCAUACUCUCUACGACGUAUAAAUAAAGAAGAUUACAAAGAAAUCAUGAAAAAGGCUGUUACUAAGUGUGCAACUCUCAUUUUGACAAGUCCGGUUGGGUCCUUAGGUUCCACUAAAGUAAAGUCCCAAAAACUGUUACAUGUUCUUGUUUUUACAAGUUUUGAAGUGGAUUCGGGCUGCAGUAGCACUUUAGGCAACAAGAAUCUUAGUAUAUAUGUAUAUUUGCCUAUGCAGAGAGAUGAAAAUCCGACUACCACAAUGAACAGUGGAUAUCGGCCGAGACUGGCCCUAAAAUCACUACCUCCCGAUCCAAUCAGUGUUGGCUUUCAUAUACGUGUUCUAGAUUCCAUUCCAGCCAUAAACUCAUGUUCUCUAGAUGGUUAA